CUCCCUCUCCCCGCCUCCAGGCGGCCAGGCGGGGCUCCAGCCGAGGUGCUCAGUCCCAGCAGGGAGCGGCAGUUUUUGCAGCGCCAACGCUGUGGCCCAAGGCUUCGUUCACUUUUGCCUGAUCCAGCCUGAUGAUGGCCCCACUGGUCACUGUGGUGUCCAGCCCCCGUGCCCGGCUCUUUGCCUGCUUCCUCAGGCUAGGCACUCAGCAGACUGGCUCCCUCCAGCUGCAUACAGGGGCCAGCUGUGCAUCCAAGAACCACUAUGAGGUGCUGGUACUAGGUGGGGGCAGUGGUGGUAUCACCAUGGCCGCCCGCAUGAAGAGGAAAGUGGGUGCAGAGAAUGUAGCCAUCGUGGAGCCCAGCGAGAGACAUUUCUACCAGCCAAUUUGGACCCUGGUGGGUGCUGGUGCCAAACAGUUGUCCUUCUCUGGUCGUCCUACAGCAAGUGUGAUUCCAUCUGGUGUAGAGUGGAUCAAAGCUAGAGUUGUUGAGCUGAACCCAGACAAGAAUUGUGUCCACACCGACAAUGGCAAGGAGAUCUUCUACAAAUAUCUUAUUAUUGCUCUUGGAAUCCAGCUGGACUAUGAGAAGAUUAAAGGCCUACCUGAAGGUUUUGCUCAUCCAAAAAUAGGGUCCAAUUAUUCAGUUAAGACCGUAGAGAAGACAUGGAAAGCUCUGCAGGACUUCAAGGAGGGCAAUGCCAUCUUUACCUUCCCAAAUACUCCAGUGAAGUGUGCUGGAGCCCCCCAGAAGAUCAUGUAUUUAUCAGAAGCCUACUUCAGAAAGACUGGAAAGCGAUCCAAGGCCAAUAUAAUUUUUAACACUGCUCUUGGAACAAUUUUUGGGGUUAAGAAGUAUGCAGAUGCCCUGCAGGAGAUCAUCCAGGAGAGGAACCUCACUGUGAACUAUAAGCAAAACCUCAUUGAAGUCCGGGCUGAUAAACAAGAGGCUGUUUUUGAGAACCUGGAUAAACCUGGAGAGACCCAAGUGUUUUCAUAUGAAAUGCUGCACGUGACACCGCCGAUGAGCUCACCAGAUGUCCUCAAGACAAGUCCCGUGGCUGAUGCUGCUGGCUGGGUGGAUGUAGAUAAAGAAACUCUGCAGCACAAGAAAUACAUGAAUGUGUUUGGGAUCGGGGACUGCACCAACCUUCCUACGUCAAAGACCGCUGCAGCAGUAGCUGCUCAAUCAGGAAUACUUGAUAGAACAAUUUCUCUGAUUAUGAAGAAUCAAAUACCAAAGAAGAAGUAUGAUGGCUAUACGUCCUGUCCACUGGUGACCGGCUACAACCGUGUGAUUCUUGCGGAGUUUGACUACAAAGCUCAGCCACUGGAAACCUUCCCCUUCGAUCAGAGCAAGGAGCGACUUUCCAUGUAUCUCAUGAAAGCCGACCUGAUGCCUUUCCUGUAUUGGAAUGUCAUGCUAAGGGGUUACUGGGGAGGACCAGCCUUUCUUCGGAAAUUGUUUCAUCUGGGUAUGAGUUAAGGAUGGCUCAACCUUGCUCUCCUUGGAUGGCUUCUAUAUAAGAAUUUCAGAUGCUGAUUGACCCAGAAUGGAAUGAAAGACUAACCCUAUAAAGAGUUUCUUGCUGGAUGAUGGUAACUUUUUCAGUACCUCAGAACAGCCACUGUGUGGGCUGCCCAGGGUGGGCUUGGUUGUUUGGAAAUAUUCAAAUGAAAGAAUAAUAGACUUCUAUUUUCUAAAUAAAAUUUUGUCAUUGAUUGA